AUGAGAGCCUCAAUAGGAGUCAUAUGGACAGUCUCUGUCCUUAUGCUCGCCGCUGUGUCUGAGGCCUUCUUCCCAUUCCCAUUCAUCCCAUUCCUCCCUGGCUUCAACAACGGCAUAAGGGACAAUGGAGCUGUGAAGGCGGCUGCGCAACAACAGCCUGCGGCAGCAGCUGGAAGAGGCGGAGGAAGAAGGCGGGGUGGUGGUGUAGAAGCUCAGACAAAUUGGCCUGGUAAGUGGGAGAUCUUCUUGCAAAACUCAGGUGUGUCAGCGAUGCAUGCCAUCCUGAUGCCAGUCAUCAACCAGGUCCAAUUCUACGACGCCACCAUUUGGAGAAUCUCAAAGAUUAAGUUGCCUCCAGGCAUUCCAUGUCACGUGGUUGACCCCAAGACCAACAGGAUCGAUUGUUGGGCUCAUUCGGUUCUUGUUGAUGUCAACACCGGUGCCCUCAAGCCUCUCUCCCUUUCCACCGAUACAUGGUGCUCAUCCGGAGGUCUAACCAUCAACGGAACAUUGGUGAGUACCGGAGGAUACGGAGGAGGAGCCAACACCGCGAGGUACCUAGCCGCCUGUAAAAACUGCGGGUGGGUCGAAUACCCUCAGGCAUUGGCUGCCAAGAGAUGGUACUCAACCCAAGCCACUCUCCCCGACGGUAACUUCAUCGUUGUUGGAGGACGUGACGCCUUGAACUACGAAUACAUCCCAAGGGAAGGACAGAACAACAAGAAGCUCUACGACUCCAUGCUCCUCAAGCAAACAGACGACCCGGAAGAGAACAACCUCUACCCUUUCGUGUGGCUUAACACCGAUGGCAACCUCUUCGUUUUCGCGAACAACAGGUCCAUCCUCCUAAGCCCCAAGACCAACAAGGUCGUCAAGGAGUUCCCUGCGCUCGCGGGUGGUGCUCGUAACUACCCGGGAUCAGGUUCCUCCGCGCUCCUCCCCAUCCAGCUUUACGUUCAAAACCCUAAAGUCAUCCCCGCUGAGGUCCUCGUCUGCGGUGGAGCCAAACACGACGCGUACGCUCGUGCCGGCAAGAAGAUAUUCGAGCCCGCGUUGCAAGACUGUGCCAGGCUAAGACUCAACAGCGCCAAGCCAAGAUGGAAGAGCGAGAUGAUGCCGACGCCAAGGAUCAUGAGUGACACUGUCCUCCUCCCCAACGGAGACGUGCUUCUUGUCAACGGUGCUAAACGUGGUUGCUCAGGAUGGGGCUACGCCAAGGACCCAGCCUUUGCUCCCAUCUUGUACAAGCCCCGUGCUCGUCAAGGCAAGCGUUUCAAGGAGCUCGCAACCUCCAACAUCCCACGUAUGUACCACUCCACCGCCAUCGCUCUCCCCGACGGCAAGGUUCUUGUCGGCGGCAGCAACACCAACGACGGUUACAGGUACAACGUCGAGUUCCCAACGGAGCUCCGCGUCGAGAAAUUCUCACCACCUUACCUCGACCCGGCUCUAGCCAAGAUGAGGCCAAAGAUCAUCAACACCGCAACACCGAAACAGAUCAGAUUCGGACAGAAGUUCAACGUAAGAGUCGACCUUCAACAGAAGGACGUGACCAAGGAGAAUCUCAAGGUCACCAUGUUGGCUCCUGCCUUCACAACGCACAGUAUCUCCAUGAACAUGAGGCUUCUCAUGUUGGGUGUUGCUGAUGUCAAACCUGCCGGUGGUUCGUUCGAAAUCCAGACCGUCGCACCUCCCAACGGAAACAUCGCACCACCUGGUUACUACCUUAUCUUCGCCGUCUACAAAGGUGUUCCCAGCAACGGAGAAUGGAUUCAGAUUGUCUAA